CUUACUUAACGUAAAGAGCUAUAUUGAGGAAAAUGACACAAAUAUGCCAGAUGUUGACUGGGGCUUUGUCAACGCAUUUUUACAGACAUUCAAACCACUUGUGGAUUGUACUACUAAAUUGCAAGCAGAACAGUAUGUUAUUGGGGAUUUUUAUAGAGACUGGCUAACUUGCGAACUGGAACUACAGGAACUAAUUUCAAGCCAAUACGAUUACGCUUCGACUUUACUAAGAACGGUAAAACAGAGGAAAGCCGUGCUUUUGCAAAAUGAAGCAUUUUUAUCAGCGAUUUAUGUCGACCCUAGGUUCAAUUUUUUACAUUCGCCAUAUUUGAACCAAACUCAAAAAUACAAAGCAGUGGAACACCUUCUUAAUACAUUCGAAGCUAUUCAAGAAUUAGCUGGAAAUCCACCCAACAACGAUGAAGCGGGUGAAAUUGAAGCACCAACAACAAGCCAGAGCAGACCUUUUUUCAGAUUGAAUAACCAACUUGACAGAUUACUAAGCAGUAACGCAGCAGUCACAUUACAAAUAAAUUUAAAGCAAAAAUUAGAAAAUCUUGCUUAUACGCAAAGGGUCCCAUUUGAAGCUGAUAUCCUUGAAUAUUGGAAAGCUCGUUCUAUAAAUGAUAACGACAUUGGACAGUUAGUACAAGUCGUACUCGCUGUUCCUUCAACACAAGUUUCAGUUGAAAGGGCAUUUAGUGCUCUAGGCACAAUUUUAACGAAAUUGCGAACACGACUCUCGAAAGAAACUUUAAACAAUUUAUUAAUAGUUAAAUUAAAUAAUGAUAUUCUAGACAAAGUAUCAUAUAUAGACUAAACUUAUAAUAUGUGCACAUUUAAACAAUUAAAUAAAUUAGAAACUAAGUAAUUCGGCUAAGUAACUAUGUUACAUAUGUAUA